GUCGUGCGCGGCCAUACUUUCGUUCCUCUCCGUCCGUUCAGUUUGAUUCAGUCUGCGCUGCGAAGAAGACUGAGUUACGCUCGACGCGAUAUUGCGCAAUAUUACUCCGAUAAUACCCAUCGCGACGAGGAGGAGGUAGAGAGUGAGAGAGAGAGAAGGCAGGGACAGGCGGGCUCUUCUAGCACUGGUUCCUCGGUCAGACGCCGCCGCUAGUGACACGGUUAUCGCCACGGGCUGUGGUUCGUGUUGAAAUGUGGCUCCGACUUCUCGUGCAUGGCGACGGCUCGUGAGCGUCCCCGUCGCCGCUGUCUUGUGUCGUCCGUGGUGCUGUGUCUCGGGCUGUAUUGAACGGUGCUCUUUCCACCCGGGUCGUUCUCGCGUUCGUUCGCCCGCGUCGUCGUUCUUCCGUUUGGACGGUAUCGUCGCACUCACACAUCCCCGCGGAGAGUGCCGUCCCGACGAUUCUCUCACGCCCCACGCCUCUCGCGCGCGUGAAAAACGCACCACCACCACCACCGCAGGCUCCCUCGCCCGUAGUAGUCGCGCCUAACGUGGAACACGCGAACACGACGCGCCGACGCUCUGUGUGCUCGGAGGAUGAACAACAUGGAAACGGACAAGAUUAUCGACGACACGAACACGAAUAUGCAGUAUCCAGUGACGAUACUCUAUGACCCCGCCCGCAAGAAAGAACCUAUGGGAGUGUCCGCUCAUUACGGGCAGGAGAGAGAAAUCUGUAUGAAGCUCUUCGAAAGAUGGAGCGAGCCGGAGCAGGUGCAUUUCGUCGAGCAACUGUUAGCGCGGAUGUGUCACUAUCAGCACGGCCACAUCAAUGCGUAUCUCAAGCCGAUGUUGCAAAGAGACUUCAUCUCGCUUUUGCCAAAAAAGGGACUGGACCACGUGGCGGAGAGCAUCCUGUCGUACCUGGACGCCGAUUCGCUGAUCGCCGCGGAGCUGGUGUGCAAGGAAUGGCACCGAGUGAUCAGCGAAGGGAUGCUGUGGAAGAAGCUGAUCGAGCGCAAAGUCCGGACCGACUCUGUUUGGAGAGGGCUCGCCGAAAGGAGAGGAUGGAUACAGUACCUUUUCAAGCCGAGGCCAGGCGAGAGCCAUCCCAACCAUAAUUUCUACCGGUCUCUUUACCCGAAGAUCGUCAAGGAUAUCGACAGUAUAGACAACAACUGGAGGAUGGGCCGUUUUAAUCUUCAGCGAAUCAAUUGCCGCAGCGAGAACUCGAAAGGCGUCUACUGCUUGCAGUACGACGAUCAGAAGAUAGUGUCCGGGCUGCGGGACAAUACGAUAAAAAUUUGGGACAGGAACACUCUACAGUGCAUCAAGGUGUUAACGGGACACACGGGCUCGGUCUUGUGUUUGCAGUACGACGAUAAGGCUAUAAUAUCCGGCUCCUCGGACAGUACCGUAAGAGUUUGGGACGCUAACACGGGAGAGAUGGUCAAUACGCUGAUUCAUCAUUGCGAGGCAGUAUUGCAUCUCCGAUUUAACAACGGCAUGAUGGUUACUUGUUCGAAGGAUCGCUCGAUCGCGGUUUGGGACAUGGUGUCGCAGACGGAAAUCGCGCUUAGGAGAGUACUAGUCGGACAUAGGGCAGCGGUGAACGUGGUUGACUUCGACGAGAAGUACAUAGUUUCAGCCAGUGGUGAUAGGACUAUUAAAGUAUGGAACACGUAUAGCUGCGAAUUUGUGCGAACAUUAAACGGACACAAGCGCGGUAUAGCGUGUUUGCAAUAUAGGGAUCGUUUAGUAGUUAGUGGCAGUAGUGAUAAUACCAUUAGACUGUGGGACAUCGAGUGUGGCGCGUGUCUACGCGUUCUCGAGGGACAUGAAGAGCUAGUAAGGUGCAUUCGGUUUGACAGCAAGCACAUCGUCAGCGGCGCUUACGACGGUAAAAUUAAAGUUUGGGACUUGGUCGCUGCUCUGGAUCCACGUGCGCUUGCAAAUACGUUAUGCUUACGUACAUUAGUGCAUACCGGACGUGUUUUUCGCCUUCAGUUUGACGAAUUCCAAAUUGUCUCAUCGUCUCACGAUGAUACAAUACUCAUUUGGGACUUUCUCAAUUACAAUCCGUCGAGUGGAGGGAACGUAUGCAGCGGACGAUUGCCGAUGGAUGGAACGUCAAAUCAAUCCGAUACCAGAUCUCCAUCUCCAUUCGAGUGAUGCAUCAACACAGAGAUUCCUUUAUUGUGAUACAAUCUGGUGGUUUUAUCUCCCAACUGGUUAAUGAGUGCAUCCAAUGUGUUCACGAUAGUGUGCGCAAAGGUCGAGAGAAUCAGUGUCCAGUGUGAACGGCAACUAAAUAGACGCAGACACAUAGGAAGGAACUUGGUCAAUGAAUUUGGUUUAUCGUUUGCUGUGAGAGCAAAGGAAAUUCUCGAGAACAGGGAAAUAUACGGACUGACCUGUGAAACUAUAAAUUAUAAUUUAUAUUGCGCUUGUGACGCACUGCGUUUAGGUACGAACGGUAUGUUGUUGAAACCACGUAAAAUACAUCCCAUGGAUGUAAAAAAAUCGUCUGCUUUGGCCAUAUCUGGAAUUCUUCUACGCUCUAUGACAUGAUAGAAGUCGACCAUUUUCCUAUGGUAAAAAAAAAAAAAAGAAAACAAAACAAAAAGAAACAACGGAGUGAAAAAAGAAAAGACUUACAAUACGUAAUAAUGCGAAGCGUUUUUAGGGAGGCUUACACACUUAAUAAGACGUUAGAUGUAUUAUAGUAAAUUAAUGAUUUUUUUUAUGUAAUUAAUUUAUGGUAAGAAAAUUGUAAGUUGUUGGUUUGAUUGGAGUACUUAUCUUGUGUGAAUGUGCAAGAGGAAAUUGACACACGUGAAGAUUGACGUGUUGCCCUGUCUUUCGAAGAAAAGCUAAUGUAUCCAUGUCCAGAGUUAUAAAGAUCAUUAAUUGAGUAUAUAUAUAUAUAACUUUUUCGUGGUAGACAUUAUAAACUUUGUGAAAUUCAUAUAUUAUUUAAAAAAAAAAAGAAACGAGUGAAGAGCCAGCAAACUCUACACAGUUGUUCGAAACAACACUAUAUUUGCAUUUAAAACACAAUUAAAAACUACAUUGGAAUGUAAAUAUUAUUUUAUUAUUAUUAUUAUAUACAUAUAUAUUAUUAUUCAGACAGACAGAGAGAGAGAGAGAGAGAGAGACAAGGUAAUGAUCUUAAAAUGAUCUUAGGUAGUGUAAUGUAAAAAGGAACAGCAAACAUUACUAUUAAUUUUUAUCUUGACCGUUUGAUCUCGUUUAAAUCGUCUUAUUCAUGCUUUUUGUAUAAUAAUACGUUUCUCACUUUUAUAUUCGCCCAAAUCGCUACGUAUUCGGAUGUACAUCGAUACUGCUUUUCUCCUUUUGUGCGAGAGAAAGAGAGAGAGAGAGCGAGAAAGAGAGAGAGAGAGAGAGAGAGAGAGAGACGAAAUUUCUGCGAUCUAAUUGUAUUUCGUGGGAAGCAACUUAAGCGCAACCAAAUAACUUGGACACGAGCGAACAAGAGGUAUCUUCAUUCCGAUCUAUACUUGUGUACAUAAUCGAAUGUUUAAGAACAUAGUUCAAUUACGUGGGAAUCGAACGGCAUCGGUGUGAUGCGUCCUAAAUGGUUGUGACAUUUAAGGAGUAGUUUGUGCUCCGUGCGGACGCCGUUGUAUUACUAAAACGCUAAACUGCGAAGCAACGCCGUCGGAAUUUCCGAUGUGACAUCACGCGAUACCUCAGGAUACUUUUAUUGGUUAUUUAAUAACGAAUUCAGUUGCGAGAGAAGUACUAUGCGUAAAAACGAAACGAACGAACGAACGAACGAACUCUAUGUCUCAGUGGACACCUUCACAAUUUUCUAAUUACGAGAAGAGUGAAAUUUCGAAUUAUAUUCCGAAUAUGCGUUUCGUUGAUGACGGUCAGUAAAGGGUACGAUCUAAUAUAAUCGCUUAUAAACCAUCUGUCAAAUAAAUAUAAUGGAUUUAUGCAGAACGAAUUGUCACGGUAAAUAAUAAUAAUAAUAAUAAUAAUAAUACACAUUUCGCAAGACGCAACUUUUCACGACGACUCGAGCGUUUCAGCCCUACGAUAAGAUACUCGGUGCAGGAAGAGUUCAUGCACAUAUAUAUAUAUAUAUAUGUGUGUGUGAUUUUUCGAUGUUGAUUUCCGUACAUGUAUGCGAGACGAUUAAUUUUCAAGUUUUUUGUACGAGCAAAUAUAUAGAAUGCUAUUUACACAAUGGUACACAUUGAGACAGUAAGACUGUAUUCUAAACUCUGACAUUUAGAAUACGUGAAAUUUGUUUACUCUCUUAUAUAAUGCACAAUUAAGAAGAAGAAAGAAAGAAAGAAAGAAAGAAAGAAAUGAUAAUUAUGGCGAAUAUUUAUUUGCGCCGUAAGAACGCGUUUCGACAACGUUUUAAGCAGGAUUAUUAAAGCGCGAGGGGUAAAAGAAAAUGUUAGAAAUUACGUACGAGUUGCACGGAAACGUACAAACAUUGUGAUUUCGAGAAAUAGUGCGAUCGAGAAUGGGAAUUUUGUAUAAUUUUAAGGUACGUAUAUGUACAUAUAUAUACACACACACACGCGCGCGCGCACACGCACACACACGGGGUAUCACAGUGUGCGAAGCUACUUUGGUAGAGUACAGCAUACGUAGUAGUCCUUGAGUUUGUGACUUAUUUCAAAGUGAGUAGAUAAAAUAAUAGCAUAUAACAGUGAGCGUAGCCAAGCAUUAACAUACUCUUUACGAGCGUAUUCUCCAUCGUCCUUCCAUUAUCUAUGAAUACGCGAAUGUAGGUAUUAUCGAUAUACAUACAUACAUACAUACAUACAUAUAUAUAUAUAUAUAUAUAUGUAUAAAAGAGAAAACGAUCGUUCACUGCGUCCUAUAUUCCUUAUUGGGAUAUGGAAACAUUUUUUUCGUUCGGGACAUCGGUAACCGAAGGAUUUCGUUUAAGAAUCUUCUCUCCGUCUUGGAUCUUGUAUAGGAAAAUUCACCCGAAAAUUAUUUCUUCCCGAAUACAAUAGAAAGAAAGAGAGAGAGAGAGAGAGAGAGAGAGAGAGAGAGAGAGAGAGAGAUUUCAGACACGCAUACAUAGAAAUCUGGAAUAUUAUGAAACGUGUAACCAUACAUACACACAUAUAUACACGUAUGUAUGUAUGGUACAAGAUGUAAAAUGGUAGCACAAAAGAAAUGGAAAUUCAUACUUUUAAAGAGGUCUUCGUAUCAUAAGAUGUGCGAUUUGAUCGCGACGUGGACAUUUGCAAUUGUCGAGAGAGUGUCGCUGAAAUAUUUGUAAGAGGACAUUGUGAUGCUUUAUUGUUAAUACCGGCAUGAAUCUUUGUGUAUGGGAGUAACUGAAUAGAGAGGAUACAAAGGCUGUGCAAAAGCUAUAUUCGAAAUAUAAUACCUACACAAGAA